AUGACAUACUCACGCACCUCCCUCCGGCGCCUCGGCCAACUCUCAUCGCAUCUGGCCCGGCCGUCCAGUUCAGCUGCGACCACGGCAACCGGGCAUAAUGUAUAUGUUUCGCCCGCCGUGACGCUGUCGUCAAUCCCGCCCGUCCCGUCUCACGUAGAUAAUCUCCGGGCCGCCAUGGUGUCGCGCCCGGAAAACCUAACCUACGACAUCCUCUCGCCCAUGCCAAGUCAUCUGCUCAAUAUCGCCCUAUCUGACUAUUUGCCGCCGGCGGCCCUGCCCCCCUCCUCCAUCCAGUCCGAUGGUGGCGGCCACGCCCUCCCCGAGGCAUACCACCUUGUCCACUUCCCGCUGCAGCUCCCGCCCUCGCUGCUGGUCCCAGACGGGACGGACCCUUACUGCCUGCCCGGGGCGCCGUUCGAACGGCGCAUGUGGGCUGGCGGCCGGAUCGUCUGGCACACGCCACUGCACACGCGGGGCCAGCGGGCGGUUUGCCGGGAGCGCAUCGAGGACGUCAGCAUCCGGCACUACAAGGGCGACGAGAAGAUCUUCGUCGACGUAGAGCGGCGGUAUGGCGACGAUGGCUUUGUCGACGGCCAGGAGGCCAUCACGGAGAUCCGGACACUGGUGUUCCUGAAGAAUCAGAGCGCCGAGGAGGCCAAGGCCGGGGCAGCGGUCACGGAUCGGAGGCCGAUCAGAGCUCCAAAAGACCCAAGUUUCUCCCACACCCUGACGCCAACGCCAUCACUACUCUUUAACUACAGCGCACUGAGCUACAACGCGCACCAAAUCCACCUCAACCCCCAGUAUUGCCGUGAGGUUGAGGGUCACCGGGACUUGUUGGUCCACGGACCCCUGUCUUUGACGCUAAUGCUCGCCGUGGUGCGCUCACAGCUGACCAUCACCGGCGAGAGGAUAAAGAGCAUCGACUACCGGAAUGUGGCACCGCUGUAUGUGGGCGAGCCAUUGACGGUGUGCGUCAAGCCUGCAUCCGGUACUGCGGCAGGGACAGACGGGAAGAAGUGGAACGUCUGGGUUGAGAACAAGGAUGGGGAUUUGAGCGUCAAGGGAACUGUGGUUGUUGGGCCUGCAUGA